UAAAGAUACACGAGGUUCUCCAAACACUAACCCAGGCACCAACUCUCCGUCAUCCACAAAGGCCCGGAACACAUCUAAGAAUGGGAAGAACUUCCACUACAUCACCAUUCUCCGAGACCCAGUGUCCCGAUACUUGAGUGAGUGGAGGCAUGUUCAGAGAGGGGCAACGUGGAAAGCAUCCCUGCAUGUCUGCGACGGAAGGCCCCCGACCUCUGAAGAGCUGCCCAGCUGCUACACUGGUGACGACUGGUCUGGCUGCCCCCUCAAAGAGUUCAUGGACUGUCCCUAUAAUCUAGCCAACAACCGCCAGGUGCGCAUGCUGUCUGACCUGACCCUAGUGGGCUGCUACAACCUUUCUGUCAUGCCCGAAAAGCAAAGAAACAAGGUCCUUCUGGAAAGUGCCAAAUCCAAUCUGAAGCACAUGGCGUUCUUUGGCCUUACAGAGUUUCAGCGGAAGACCCAAUAUCUGUUUGAGAAAACCUUCAACAUGAACUUUAUUUCGCCGUUUAUCCAAUAUAAUACCACUAGGGCUUCUAGUGUAGAGAUCAGUGAGGAAACCCAAAAGCGUAUUGAGGGACUGAAUUUUCUGGAUAUGGAAUUGUACAGCUAUGCCAAAGACCUCUUUUUGCAAAGGUAUCAGUUUAUGAGGCAGAAGGAGCAUCAGGAGGCCAGGCAGAAGCGUCAGGAACAACGCAAAUUUCUGAAAGGCAGGUUCCUUCAGACCCAUUUCCAGAGCCAGAGUCAGGGCCAGAUCCAGAAUCUGAGUCAGAAUGAGAGUCAGAACCCAAAUCCGAAUGCCAAUCAUAAUCUGACUCAGAAUCUGAUUCAGAAUCGGACUCAGAAUCUGAUUCAGAAUCGGACUCAGAGUUCAAGUUUGAAUGUGAGCCAGAAGGAGAACAGGGAAAGCCAGAAGCAGAAUCCAGGCCAAGAGCAGAAUGACAGCAACACCAGCAAUGGCACCAAUGACUACAUAGGCAGUGUAGAGAAAUGGCGCUAAAUGGCUCAGAAGGGCGCCACGAAAAAGAUGGCCUAUCUUAAAAGAUAUAAAAGUGUCCAAACCCUUAGGAAACCCUGCUUCCUUAAUUUGGGGAGUUAAAAAGUUUAGAUGUUGCCUUUACAGUUGCCUUUCAAUUCAGUGUUAUACUGUGUGUGGGUAAAGCCAAUCUCAACAUAGAAUUAAAUUGUCUUUUUUUAGUUGAACUAUUUAUGAAAUCCAAAAGCCAAACCAGACUCACCAGAAAUUGCUGUUUAGAUUUAUUAAGAAGUUCUUAAAUUAGUUAUGGAGACAAAAUGAAAAGGUAAAAUGUGACCAUUUAAUUUAUGGCUCAGAAAUGGACUUGAACAUAUUUAGGAUACGCUGUUAAAACCCAAUCUUGGAAACAAACCUUUUUUCUAGGGGUAAGCAUACGUAUAAACAAAAAAUGACUAAAAUGAAACACAAAACCUUUGUUUGUUUCCCUGGUUUUUAACAAGGAAUCUAUUUAAAUAGAAUAACAAUGCAUGAUAAAUUUUACCAAACUACAGAAAAUGAAAAAAAUCCUCUCCCAAACAUGGGUUGUUUUGUGUAAAAAUUAUUGGCUUUUCAAAGUAGAACAGGACUCAUAUCUUGUUAUUCAGGAGAUGUUGAAAAUUUUAAACUUUUUCUACCUUCUGCCGUCUAAAGGUUUGAAACAGGGUGUAUCUCAUAUUAAAACACUUUUUUUUUUCCUCCAAAUGGAAUACCAAUGUCAAGAUCGGAUUUCCAGACGCUUGCAGGGCACUGUAAUUUCAACAAUUCUGGAAUCUUUUGGGCGCUGCUUCUCAUUCAUUUUAAGCUUCUCCAAGUUGUGCUCAUUCCAAACUAACCCGUGUAUAGAAUCUUUCUUCAUCAUCUAAAUGGUGUGUUGCUGAAUUUAUUGUGGUAUAUAAUCCUGGAUUAAAGUCAGGACUUUCUUUCUAUAGAAUUGUCUUAUCCAUGUUUGUAUAGUGAGGUCCUUAUCAAGAAACUCUUGAACAGGAUAAUGUGUCUAAAAAUAUUGCUGAAGUUAUUCUUGAUCAGAUAAAAUUGAACCUGAAUGUGAACUGUUAUUUACUUUUUGUACAUCUUUAUUGUAAUGUUUCCAGUUGGGCUGGUUAUUUCUAAUCCAUUAGUUCUUUUUCAUGUUGACAGAUUUGUAGACAAUUAUAAGAGAGGAAAAAAAAGGUAAAAUAAACAUUAUAAUAGCCAGUGUUAUUCAAUAACACCAAAAGCUGUACCUAGAUACUUUGGGUUAACCCUUCCACCAGGUUUUGACUUCAGAAAGAACAAAAGUACAGAGUGUCCUGCAGUGAGGUUAAGUAUCAGGAACACAUGAGUUGAGGAGAUGGAUUUCGUAGAGUAUG